AAAUAUCAAAAUGCCACAUAAUGUAGAAAUGUUAACCCUUCUUCAAAGCAAAGACAAAAUCUCUAGAAAAGUUCGAUAGAAUAUUUAUUGCAUGCUUGGAUUAGAUUAACUUUAAAAUAAAUAAAAGCUCAAAAUAAAAUUGAGUAUAAAUCUAAAUAUAAAAUAAUAUUUACUUCUGAGUAAGGAAAGUUGAAGAUUCAAACUUAGCAAAUUUGACAUUCCUUUUUGUUUUUAUUCUAAUACUAAUGUUCACCAAAGAGAAUAAAAAAAGCUAACCAAAAGAAUUUUAUGUUGCUUGUAGCUGAAACAAUGGAUUGGGGUAACCGCAAAAGCGUAAUGUUACUUCUUCAAGCAACCACCCUAAGGCUACACUACAAUUACCACUGUCUAACAGAGAAAAUGUGGAGUUUUGAGUGAUUCAAAGCAAAAGAAGAGAGCACACUGAGAAAGCUUCAAUGGAGAAAGAGGUUGUGGAAAACCUUUGGAAUGGUAACACAGAAAUGCAAAUUCAAGCAGCUAUGGAACUCAGGAAAUUCAGCAGAAGGCAGAGGCACAAUUUGGCAGAAAGUGGAGUUAUGGUACCCCUAAUUUCCAUGCUUCAUUCUCAAAACUAUGAAGCCGUUGAAGCUUCUCUUUGUGCUCUACUUAGCCUUGCCUUUGGAAGUGAAAGAAACAAGUCUCGGAUCAUCAAGUCAGGAGCAUUGCCAGUGUUGCUGAGUCUCUUCCAUUGCCAAAGCCAGACAGUGGUGGAACUGACAAUAGCCACAUUGCUAACCAUCUCUUCUUGCAACUCAAAUAAGGUAGCAAUUGCUUCCUCUGGGGCUAUCCAACUCUUGGCACAAUUUCUCAAUAGCAAUAGUAGCACUCAGUCCCAGCUUGACACAUUAGCCACUCUCCACAACCUCUCAACCUGCCAAGAGAUUAUUACUACAUUCAUUGUCUCUUCUGGGGUCCUACUUUCCUUGCUUGAACUUAUCCACAGAUCAGAAAAGUCAUCCACAUUGGUUGACAAAGCAAUUGGGUUGCUAGAACACAUUGUCUCUUCAUCAAAGAGUGCACUUUGUGAGGCUGCUAGUAUUGGUGGAGCAGUUAGGACACUAGUGGAGACUAUUGAAGAUGGGUCAUUUCAAAGCAAAGAGCAUGCAGUGGCGACACUACUACUUUUUUGCCAAAGCUGCAGAGAGAAGUACAGAGGAAUGAUCCUGAGAGAGGGAGUGAUGCCAGGGUUGCUUCAGUUAAGUGUGGAUGGAACUUGGAGAGCCAGAAAUUUGGCCAAGAAAUUGUUGCUGCUUCUGAGGGAUUGCUCCAAUUACGGUUCAACAAGUAAGCAAAUUAAUCAUGAGGUUGUAGAACGGAUCAUGGAAGAAAUUGAUGAUGUCGAAGGAGAGGAAUUGGCUGAGACUACGCUGAGAUUGGUUGAGGAGAUGGUUGCAAAACUUAGUACAUAAUCUUUCAAGUUAACAGUGGCAUAGUUUUAAGCUCGAAUGUAACGCAUUACCUUUUUCUCUAACGUUUUUAUAUCAUUGAAGUGACUACUUUGUUUAGGACUUCAAAUAAAUAUCAGUCAUUUGGACUAAUACUGUAGAAGUCAUAACAUUCUGUGUAUAUAAAGAUUGGUUAGAGAUCUUCCGGUAUGAUUUUG